UCUGAAUUCAACCACAUCAAACUUCACCGUUCCCAACGACAUCUCACCACCCCCAACCCCACCUUCUUUGUACUAUCCAAGAAGAACCACACCUUGGACAAUACAACACCAUACUCGUCGUCCUCAAGUAUAACAGUAUUGAAGAUGUCUGAACCCAUUCGCAACAAGAGAAUGGACGGCGUCCCCACCGCCCCGACGCCACAAAACACGCCCGCGAACAACGCUCCUAUUUCAUCCCAUGCUCAGCAGCCAGGUGUCUCAAGCAUUAAAGAAGAGGAAUUUGACAGAGCCGCUGCCGCCUCAAUCUUCGCACAAAACCCAAAGCUUGUCCAGAUGAUUCAAGGAAAGCUCAGCUCGCUGGUUGGCCAGUCAUCAGGAUACGUCGAGUCACUGCCAACACCUGUACGCCGCCGUGUCGCUGGUUUGAAGGGUGUCCAGAGGGACCACUCAAAGUUGGAGGCCGAAUUUCAAGAGGAGGUCCUACAACUGGAGAAGAAGUACUUCGAGAAAUUCACCCCGCUCUACCAGAAGCGCGCCGCGAUCGUGAAUGGUACCGCCGAGCCCACCGAAGAUGAGAUCAAGGCUGGCGAGGAGGGCGAGGGAGAGGAAGAGAAAGACAAGUCAGAAGCUGCCGUCAAGCCAGAAGAGACUACGGAUGCUAUCACUGGUAUUCCAGAGUUCUGGCUCUCUGCCAUGAAGAACCAGAUUUCUCUUGCAGAGAUGAUCACUGACAGAGAUGAGGCCGCCCUCAAGCACCUCACUGACGUGAGAAUGGAAUACCUCGACAAGCCUGGGUUCCGUCUGAUUUUCGAAUUCGCCGAGAACGACUUCUUCACCAACACGACCAUUACGAAGACAUAUUUCUACCAGAAUGAUAGCGGCUAUGGCGGUGACUUCAUCUACGAUCACGCUGAAGGCGACAAGAUUGACUGGAAGGCCGGCAAGGACUUGACUGUUCGCAUCGAGAGCAAGAAACAGCGCAACAAGAACACCAAGCAGACCCGCGUUGUCAAGAAGACCGUGCCUACGGAGUCAUUUUUCAACUUCUUCUCUCCUCCAAAGGCACCGACGGAUGAGGACGAUGAUGAUUCUGCAUCCGACAUCGAGGAGCGCCUCGAGUUGGACUAUCAGCUCGGAGAAGACAUUAAGGAGAAGCUCAUCCCGCGUGCCGUAGACUGGUUCACCGGAGAGGCUCUCCAGUUUGAGGAGAUGGAUGAUGAUUUGGAAGAACAUGAUUUCGAAGAUGACGAUGAUGAAGAAGAUGACGACCUUAGCGAAGACCACGAUGACGAGGAUGAGUCUGAAGAAGAUGAUGACAAUGCCAAGCCAAAGCAGGAGGCUGCCGAGUGCAAACAAAGCUAAAUCGACUGAUAUCUCACCUGGUUGGAAUACUACAAAACAGCGAUGGCACACCCCCGCCACCUAGUUACCGCCCAGAGCAGAACAGAAUCAGCGUCAGAGCCCCAGUCCAUCAUAAUGGACGUUCCGCAUGAGGCCUUGCAGUAAUUAUGGAUUGAGAAUUUGCAUAGGUGUUUGUUUUACUGGAGAUUUAGUUUUGGUUUCGUUACCGCUAGAUUUUAAUACGCUACCAAACUCUAGCAACUUUAUUAACGAAACCUCAAAAUACUUUGUUUAUUCAAAGAUACAUCUGUUGCAAACUAGUCCAGCUGCUACCCAAGUCAUAGAAAAGUUUGUAGCUAGCGAUCGAUCCGAUAAAAGUAAAUACUUGCCUUUGACGUACAUGCUUUUUGCCAAGGACACAUUAUUUGAAUAUUGUCACG